AUGAUUGUAUCCAUUUGGGGUUGCCGUGGCUCCAUCGCUCGCUCUCACAAGGACUUGAUCCGCUAUGGAGGCAACACUAGUUGUGUCGAAGUCGAGACGGAAUCGACUCGGAUUGUCCUUGAUAUGGGCUCAGGUGCCUACGAUCUGGGCCAAAAGUUGGUAAAGAAAGGAAAGCUGACCAACCAACACAUUCUCCUGUCUCACACGCACUGGGAUCACAUCCAAGGAUUCCCCUUCUUUGCCCCGUUCUUCAUCAAGGGAUCGGAAUGGAAUGUCCAUGCCCCGGGAGGGUUUUCGAAUACCAUCAAAGAAAAGCUCUCCAGCCAAAUGUCUCAUGAGUUCUUUCCUCUCUCCAUCGACAAUCUGGAGGCCAACAUCAGUUACCGUGACUUGAAAGAAGGAGAGUUGCAAGUGGGAGACAUCCAUGUGGCCACACAGUACUUGAACCACAACGUCUUGACUCUCGGCUAUCGCCUGGAGGCAUCCGAUGGCACCACCAUUGCCUAUUGCACAGACCACGAACCCUACGAUCGUACAAUGGCGGUCAAGGGGUAUCAGCGAAAGGAAAACAGUACAGUCAUCACACCUGAUGACAAGCAUGCAGACUUCUUUGCCGGGGUUGACCUCCUCAUUCAUGAUACCCAAUACGUUGCUUCUGAGUACCACAAAACAGAAGGAUACGGGCACGCCACGGUAGAAUACGUUGUGGACAUGUGCUUGGCAGUGGGUGUAAAGAAGCUAGCCUUGUUCCAUCACGAUCCAAACCGCACAGAUGAUCAGGUAGAUGAGAUUCUCCAAAUGGCACAGGACCGUGUCAAGGCAGCCAAUGGAACGCUACAGGUCAUUGCGGCCUCUGACAACUCCACAAUGAAGCUAGAGAACAGCGAGGGAAAGCCCCAUUUUUCGCAAGGAGUGUCGGAAUCCACAAAGCCAGCAGUCAUUGUGGAUAUUGAAGAUGAUGUUCAACCAAGCAAAACCCACAACGAAACCAGCAAAGGAAGCGCCUUUGUACAGCAACUGGCAACGCCCCAAGAGGUGGUGAUUAGCCAUCCAUCUCGUGAUUCCUUUGAAGGUUUGCAGGCGGAUGGAGUUGACGCUGUCUAUGUUAAAGAUGAUGAAUCAUUUGUCGACCGCGUUUUGAAACGGCAACCAUCUCUGGUCCUGGUUCGCCAUACUGGCGACAGCCAAAGCACUAACUGCAUGAUUGAAAACUGCAAGCGCGUUCGACUCAACGGAGGCGAAUGGGGACAUGCUGUCCCCUACCUCGUCACCGUACCGAACCAGGCCACCUUGGAGGCAAUCAAAUCACAAGGCGACAGCGCAGGUGUGACAGAUUGGGUGGUGGAGCCCUUCAAACAGUCCUACAUCCGCACACGGAUCCGAAUGGGUAUUGCCAGGAGAACUUGUCGAUGGGUGCCCCCCGUCAUUCCGGACAACGAAGGAGCUCGCGUGAAGGCUUUGUGGGCCUUGCGAGUUCUGGAUACUGCUCCAGAGAAGCGGUUUGAUCGAAUCACGAGCUUGUGCUCCAAGGUGUUUGACAUGCCUCUUGUGUUGAUCAGCUUGGUGGACACCAAUCGCCAGUGGUUCAAGUCGUCGGCAUGGCAUUGCCCCAUACCAGGAGGCGGCAAAGAAAAGCCCUCGGAAACGGGCAGAGACAUUUCCUUCUGUGGUCAUGCCAUUCUGAGCGACAAGAUACUCGUAGUUCCGGAUGCUACGCAGGACGAACGCUUUGCCGACAAUCCGCUCGUGUCAGAUGUCGAUGGCUUGAAGAUCCGGUUCUACUGUGGAUGCCCUCUCAAAAUCCCAAACAUUGACAGUGGUGUGGAUGAAGCCAAGCAUAGGAUCGGUACCUUGUGUCUGAUUGACCAGCGCCCCCGGGAAAUCGAUGACCACCAAAAGACGCUCCUAAAGGACUUUGCUGGUAUGGUCGAGCAAGAGUUGCUCAAUUUCAAGCAGGUUGACGCCAUGAUGGAAGCUACCGGUAGUGUUGCCACCAAGAAAUCACUGAAACGACCCUCUGCGGCUGUAGUGGCCUAA